GUCCAUCAACAUGGGCAAAGGAUUGUUUCACUGGCAGCAUGGGAAAGCGUCAGUCACCAAUUGACAUUAAGACGUCAGAGGCGAAAUAUGACUCAGAUCUUACCGACGAGCCACUGACCACCAAGUACGUCCAAGAGAGAAAUAUACAACUGAAAAACAACGGACACAGCAUCAUGUGCCAAAUCAGUUCGGAAAAUAAAUCUGUUCUGACAGGCGGUCCUCUGAAAGGCGACACCUACCGGCUUGAACAGUUUCACCUGCAUUGGGGAUCAAAGGAUGACAAGGGUUCAGAACAUACUAUUGACGGGAAGGAAUAUGCUGCCGAGUUACAUCUUGUGCAUUGGAAUUCUUCUAAAUACCCAAGCUUUGGUGAGGCUGCUAGUAAAGGCGAUGGUUUGGCAGUACUGGGUAUUAUGGUGAAGGUAGGAUCGGAAAAUCAAGUAUUUAAGACAAUCACUAAUCAUCUAGAUGAAAUGGUCUCAAUCAACACGGAUAAAACAUUCGAUACAGCUUUGGACCCAGCGGAGCUUCUACCCAACAAUACUUCACAAUACUGGACGUACGAGGGAUCUUUGACUACCCCACCAUUGUUUGAAAGUGUACAAUGGAUUGUGUUCAAGGAACCGGUUGAAUAUUCACCUGACCAGAUGAAAAAGUUACGAAGUUUGAAAGAUGCCGAUGGACAUGAUAUGCAAGACAACUUCCGGCCACCAUUAGCUCUCGAGGGCAGAUUAGUGCGAGCCUCGUUUCAGUAAAACUGUACAAACAAUCUUGAAAUCCACUAAUAUGACUGCGAUAAAUAGAAAAGUAUUCAUGUAUAUUUUACAAUCAUUAUAGGUGUUAUAUUUUUGCAUCCCUCAUUUUGCCGUUAAACGUAUUAUAAUUCCAAUGUUACAAUUACAAUAGUUACAAUAAGUAUUACUAGUAUAUUGUAUUGAACGACUUGUACAUAGAAUUGAAUCUUAAUUAAUUACAUGUUACAAGAAAAUGAUUGUAAAAUACAAUUUAUUUCACUGUCGAUGGUGCUGAAAGAAUAUAUUUUGACACUAUUUGGUGGAAAUUCUGCAAAUUUAACACAAGAAAAUUUAGUUUUAGAAUAUGGUCAUUGAGCACUAAAAACAUGCAUGAAGUCAAAGAGCAAUCAUCCUCGUUGACGUUAAUGAUUAUAUGUUAGGGUCCAGCUUUGAGAUUGGUUCCGUGUGAUAUACUUGUAAGCCACACAAUUCAGAAUUUUAAAGGGAGACAUAGGCAAAAUUUUAAUUUUCUUAGUUUUGAAUUUUUCAUUCAUUAUUCUGUAAAUGCCCUCAAAAUGAAUAUAUUAGACAGUCAAAGGAACAAAACUUUUCUCCAUAUAAAGAAUAAAAUGGUGGUUUCCUAACCUGACCCGCGUGGGUCAGGUAAGAGCGCAAGCAUUUCACAAUAGUUGUCAAAGUGAACUCUGGAAACGUUAAAGAACAUGUCAAUUGAAUGACUUAGGCUUGUUUCCAUCAUACAAUAUCCACAAUAUCUGUUAUUGUAACUUCAAGGGUUUGUUCAAGUCACCUGACUUGUUUUAAAACUAUUUGGUGAUUCUAUUGGCGUCUAAAUUUUGUCCAGCAUAUAUAGAUAUAUUUACGCUUCAAACCCAAAAUAUAUAGAAUUUAAACAGAAAUUCAUGCUGAAACUUCAUGAAAAGUCAUUUUACCGUGAUUUGAGUACAUAAGAUCAUUUUAAUAUUUUUUGUCAUUAUUUUGCCUGAAUAUCCCUUUAAGAAGCUUUUUAUUAUUGAGUGAGUUUCACUUUUUAAACAGUUUUUUAAAAUUUGAGAUGGUGUAUAAAGUGUUUUUAAAGAUGUGCUGUCCAAAUGAGUAAUAAUUUGUGCUACACCUGUAUGUGGUUAAACUAAGAUGCUAUUGUUGUUUUUAUUACUGUUGUUGUCAAAUGUGUUAUGUGAAAAUGUGAAAAGUGAAAUGUUUAUACACCAUUUUACUGUUUUACCUAUUUUUAGUUAGGAAAUCCAUUUACUUUUACUUUCUGAAUUACUUGUUAAUAAAGACUUUGUAAAAUACAGUUUAAAAAAAAUAAAUCUCUUGUAAGCGGAGUAAACUGUUAUAAAUCAUACUAUAGUAAGCAGAAAAGACCAAAGAUACAUUUGUUGUUAUGAUAUAUUGUAUGAUGAAUAAAAAUUGAAAAUGUUUAA